AUGUGUAGCUGGCAAGUGUUUUCCAAGGCUAUUGCACCAGAACGAGGUGCAUUUCCCAUGGAUCUGGAUGGAGUGUGUGGAGCUGCAGUCAGGGACUACAUUUCUUGUGUAAGAUCCAGCAGUGGAGAAACUAUGAAGUGCCGUGAAUUAGCUCGUCUGUACUUGUCCUGCCGUAUGGAUCAUGGGCUGAUGGAGAAGGAUGAUUUCGCUAACUUGGGUUUCAACGCUCCUGGCUCCAAAAAACCCACGGCAGAUCAAAACUCAACUGCAUCAAAGUAA